AUGAACAAAAUAAAUGAGAUCAGGGUUUUGAUUGAUAAUGGAAUUUUAAAUAAACAUAUUCUAAUUUUCACAGAGGCUAAUUUAAAAAAUAUUACAACUGAAAUUAAUGAGAAUGAGAUUGCAUUAAGAGGUUUCAAAAUUGAAUCUGCUAAUUUUAUGAAGAAAAAAUUUCGAGGGGAUUUUAAUUAUCCCAGAAUUGAUUGGGGUACUUUAUCAAUCAAUUCUGAAAGUAAGUCAAUUGAGAAAAUAUUUGUGAAUUUGGUGAAAGAUUUGUUCUUGCAUCAAGUUGUACAAGAACCCACUAGGUUUAGAUCUCUGCAGGCUAAUCAUAUUCUAGAUUUGAUAUUGGUAGAAGAAUUAGAUGAGAUUAAAAAUCUUGUUCACCUGCCCCCUCUUGGUAAAAGUGACCACUGCAUUCUGUGUUUUGAGGUGGGCUCGACCAUUGAUGGUGCUCGUGAAAUAAUAAAUAAAACCCGAUUGAAUUUUAACGAAGGCGAUUAUGAGUUAAUGAACAAGUACCUUCAUAAAAAUUUAUACGGUAUGCUUAAUAAGGAGUUGUCAGUGGCGGAUCUAGGAUCGUAUGUAAACUCAUUAUGGUGUCAUUUUUCAAGUGUAAUAAACAGGGCAACUGAAGAACAUAUUCCAGUAGUAAAAAUGGGAAAGAACAGUUGUAAAGGUGAAAUCAGUAAAUCGUUGCAAGAAUUGAUAAAAAUAAAGAAAAGAUUAUGGAAAAAAUACAUGAAGACUCGUGAUUCAUUGAUUUUUGAAGAUUUUUGA